UAUAUAUAUAUAUAUGUCGAAUGUUUGAUUGAUACGUGUAAUUUAAUUGAUACGUAAUUGAUUAAUAAGAGAACUUGAAGGAUCUAAAUAGAUCUCUUUUAUCAUUGUCAUAAAACUUUAUUACAAUCGAUUGCAAUACCUUUCGAUCGUGAAACAUAUCAUCAUUAAGCAUAAACUUCGUUCGAUCGGAGAAAUAGUGCGGUAUAUUUAUUCAUCAAAGAGGUGCAUCGAAAUUUUCUCUCGUUUUUCUUUUUUCUUUUUCUUUUUUUACCAUUUCGUUGAAUUUCGCGCCGUCACCGUCACAUACCACAAUGUGAAAUGUGUUUUAUUCGCCGUUCAAGAAAUUAUUACUUUCCAUUAUUAUUGCUCCUGUCGUUCCGAAUCAACGAAGAGGAACAUCUUUGAUCGAUUAAGCAAAUAUUUUGCGCUCGACAAGUUUUGGGCGUAACGAUGAUUCAACCGAAGAUCUGGUGGAAGCUUAUUUACUCAGAAGACAAGAAAGGUAUUCUCGCUGGAUUGGCCGCACACUCGGGACAGAUAUCAGUGGGAUUGUCUCAAGGUUUCAGUGCGAUUUUAAUACCGAAAUUAUUGGAGUCAAAAUUUGCUGAUCAAUCAGAAACAUCUUGGAUCGCAUCGCUCGGUGCAGUUUCGAAUCCAGUUGGUGCAUUAGUCGCGGGUUUUUGUUCCGAAUGUUUUGGAAGAAGAUCGGCUAUAGCAUUGGCAACUUUACCACAUGCAACAGGAUGGCUUUUGAUCGCGUUCGCCAAAAAUGUCCCGAUGUUGUACGUUGGAAGAUUCAUCAGUGGAAUCGGCACGGGCAUGGCAAAUGCAUUGUAUUUAUACGUCAGCGAGACCGCAGCUCAACAUCAGCGAGCAUGGUUAGCAAAUUGUGGACCUAUCUUGACUUCGUUGGGAGUGUUAAUGGUGUACACGUUAGGUUCCUUGACAACGUGGCAAAAAUCUGCUGCGAUCAGUAUAGGUCCAGCUAUAUUGUCUUUGGCAUUGACGAGAAUGUUACGCGAGACACCAGCUUGGCUCGCAGCCAGAGGACGAAUGGAAGAAGCUAAAGAAUCUUUGUUGUGGCUUCGUGGUCCAGGUCUAAGCACGGACACUGAGUUUCAAGAACUUUGCAAUUCCAACGCAAAAAGGAUGGGAGAAAGAGAAAGCCUUCUUAAAGCUUUCUACAUGCCGAAUGUUUGGAAACCAUUCGUCAUACUUCUCCUUUUCUUUGCUCUACAACAACUUUCCGGAAUUUAUAUAAUGUUGUUUUAUGCUGUAAACGUUCUCGAAGAUAUUGGUGUUAGCGUGAACGAAUACGCCGCGAGUGUUGGUAUCGGUGUUAUCAGACUAUUUGCUUCCAUAGUAGGUGCAAUUUUGGCGAUUAACGUCGGUAGAAAAGCGUUAGCUUUUACCAGCGGUUUUGGUAUGGCUAUAUCAGCUAUGAGCAUUGCCUUAGCUUUCAGGUUCCAAUUGCCAUCUUGGGUCUCUUUGAUUUGUAUGGGAUGUCACGUUGCGUUGUCUAUGAUCGGCUUCUUAACGUUACCUUGGGUUAUGACCUCGGAAUUAUAUCCCCUUAGAUUUAGAGGACUCUUAGGAGGUAUCACUACCAGUAUAGCACAAAUUUUAACUUUCGUUGCUAUUAAAUUAUAUCCCGAGGUAAGCGUAAACGCCGGCAUAGAGAACACGAUGUGGAUUUUCACAACGGCAGGCUUAUUGGGAGCACUCUUUUCCAUUAUUCUAUUACCGGAGACCCGAGGUCAAAGCUUGGACGACAUCGAGAACAAGUUUACGAAUAAUUCGAAGGCCAUUUCGAAGAUCAAUUCAAAUAUCAAUGGUUCGAGAGGACUUUCCAGUAUUUUCGUUCACACGCAACCUAAGAACAUUAUACUUCAAAGAUUCACGUCGAUAUCCGAGGAAAAAGAUUCUAAUCAUACCGGGAAUCAUUACACUUAUGAUAACUUUUGUUUCGACAUAGGUUACGAUAACGUUUCUAAGGAAUCUAAGGACGAUGAAAAUCAGAAAAAGGAUCAUCACGUGACAACUAACGCCAUUGCGUUGGAUCACGUUUAUAUUUGAAUAAUUAUCGAGUAAAAAGCCAAUACGAUUACGGAUACAAGCUUGGAAUGAGAGAAGCUCGUUAAAGUAAAGAUUACUACUGCCAAGAAUAGAAAUUUUCCAAAAUAUUUUGUAUAUAAGAUGUAUAUGUGUAUCUAUAGUACAGAUACACAACACACGCGCGUACACACGUAUAUAAACAUACAUUGCUGUAAAUAUUUUAUCAGCUUAACGAGAAUGUACCGUGUUAUUUGUUGUGUUUUUUUUUUGUUUAUGUCAUGUGUAAGUACAUUAGAAUUUAUGAAAAUUUGUAAGAUCGUUGUUUCUUUGUAUAUAUUUAUGUGUAAUAAUAGUAAUAGAGAGGAGAAAGAUUAUGAUUCGCGGUUCAACGUUAGAUAUCUUUUCUUUCUUUUUUUUUAUAACUUUCGAUUAAUUAUAUUAUAUUAUCAAAUAAAAUCAAAUUAUAAUUAUACUGUAAUUAACACUGAUAUAUAUAUAUAUAUAAAUAUAUAAAAUAUAAUAAUUAUAUAUAUGUAAUAAUUACACACACAUACACGCAUAUAUAUAUCGGUAUUAAUAUGGUAUAAUUAUCGAUGUACAUAACUAAGUAUAAUAGCGGAAUUUAUAUCGUACAAAAGUAACAAGUAUUAGAAACUAGUUUAUAAUAAAUAUAAAGUAUGUUAUAUUGACAAAAAUGAUAAAAAUGAUCUUGUUUUUUUUCUCUUUUCCUCGUUUGAUUAUUUACAGAUCACUUAAAAGACGGUGUUUAAGAAAUCGAACAUUUCUUUAUCGUAAACUCAUUCACUUUUUCAUUUUUGUUUUUUAUUUAUCAGAAUCAAUAAUUACAAUAUAUG